UUCUAACUUCUAAAUUAUGAAUCAAUUUACAUGUCCCAGGUAAGAGGCAUUUCCCAAUGGAAAUCGAAGGAGGCAAAUAAACUAGAAGAGGUUCAGCAUGCCCAAGAGGCUGCAUUAGCCAUUGUUGAGAGAGAGAAGCAAAAGUGUAAGGCUGCAGUUGAAGUAGCAUAUAAGGCACAGCGCAUAGCAGAGCUAGAGUCAGAGAAGAGAAAGCAGGCAGAGAUGAAGUUCCAAAAAGAGGCUGAAGAGAAGCAGAAGGUCAUCGAUGCAUUAGCAUACAGUGAGAUUCGGUACCGAAGGUAUACCAUGGAUGAAAUUGCAGUUGCAACAAAUUACUUCUCCAGUUCAGAAAAGGUCGGUGAAGGGGGAUAUGGGCCUGUUUUUAAAGCUACACUGGAUCACACACCUGUUGCCAUUAAGGUUCUCAGGCCAGACAUUUCACAAGGCGAAAAGCAGUUCCAUAGAGAGGUAACUUCCUUAUAUCCACAGAUUCUUUUAAUUGGAAUCUUAUCUUGUAAUUUCUCCACAAUGGACAUUGUACAGGUUGAGGUGCUGAGCCGCAUGAGACAUCCCCAUAUGGUUAUCCUUUUGGGUGCCUGUCCUGAGUACGGUUGCCUUGUAUAUGAGUAUAUGCAAAAUGGGAGUUUAGAAGACAGACUUUUCUGCAGAGAGGGCAGUCGUCCCCUAUCAUGGAGGAUACGCUUUAGAAUAGCUGCAGAAAUCGCCACUGCCUUGAAUUUUCUUCAUCGGACAAGGCCCGAGCCCCUUGUGCAUCGAGAUCUCAAACCUGCAAACAUUCUAUUAGACAAAAACUACGUGAGCAAGAUUAGUGAUGUUGGGCUAUGCAGGUUGGUUCCACCAUCUAUAGCAGAUAGUGUUACGCAGUAUCACAUGACAGCAGCAGCAGGCACAUUUUGUUACAUUGAUCCAGAGUACCAACAAACUGGAAUGUUGGGAACAAAAUCAGACAUAUACUCUUUAGGGGUAAUGUUACUGCAAAUUAUUACGGCCAAACCUGCUAUGGGUUUGACACAUUAUGUUGAGACUGCAAUAGACACUGGCCGCUUCGCAGAGAUACUUGAUCCAACAGUCCAUGACUGGCCAGUGAAUGAGGCUUUAUCCUUUGCAAAAUUGGCCUUACAGUGCUGUGAAUUGAGGAGGAGAGACAGACCAGAUCUCGAUUCAGUCAUAUUACCUGAACUGGAACGACUAAGAGACCUAGGAUCACAAAAUAAUCCUGACGGCAGAUUUGAUGAUAAGUAUUCUCAAAGUCAAACUUCUAAAGGAAACUCACCUAAGGCUAUGAGUCAGGUGAAUGAGAACAGAUUUGAUCAUAUAUGACUUCACAAGGCUAAAGC